AUGUUUGCACCAGCGUCUAUCGCAAGCUUGUGGGGGCUAACAUACCUGCAUGAGGACGUUGACCCCUUUGCCGUGGAGAUUCUCCUCUUCGUGCUUACAAGCCUUGUUGGCUGCUUCUUCCUGCGGCAGAUGCACUGGCGCCUGCACUUCUGGACGAAGCUGCAUGGCUCGUCGCAGCCCUGCAGAGAGUUUGUGGUCGCGCCAUCUGAAAAGCCGUCCCCCCACCCUAGCCUCCGCCGGGCCGCUGUAGUGUCCAAAGUUGCGGGCAAUCAUGCCAAAGUUCUGCACAUAAAGAAGCCUUUAUCGGGAUGGCCUGGCAUGCUAGACAUCAUGCCGAGGUUGGAUGCUUUGUUGAUGAUGAUGCAGUCCACAGUCCUUCCAUUCUAUUAUUUCAAUUGGGUACAAGCUCUCAGAGAGAAGAUCCACCUGUGUUGCAGCGUGCCGUUGCUUCGUCAACGCGAUGUGACGUCCCUGUCAAGGCUCUCAGUCGCAUUUCUCACUGGAAAGGCCUUCUUGUUGAUAGUCAUCAUGCUCGCUCCUGUGACUUUUGGUGAGCAGUAUGUGCACUACCAGCCGGAGCAAGAUUUUGCUGGCCAGGCGUUGGAGCAUGUCAGUCAAGCAGAUCUUGAGGUGGCCCAGCUGAGGGAGCACGUAAUGUUUCUCGGUGAACUCGGAUAUGGUUGGUGGGCUGGCACAUCCGAAAUGUACCGCCACGUCUUCAUCUUGCUCACUGCAGCAUGCGCCGCUCUUGCAUUUUGCUGGUACUGGAGCGGCAUGUUUUCGAUUCUGGAUUCCUUGUUUCAAGCGUUUGCAGUUUGGACAAUAACCCAUGCUCAGAUUCGAAAAGUGAUCCUCACGCGGGAUGCUCAGCGUGGGGAGUGGUGCGCUUGGCAAGUCAGUGCGGCGCCGUGGCUUCAACGUGCAAUCUUGUUGCUCUCGGCGCACGCAGUUCCAUCGCUUAUCAUAGCAUGGCAGGCCUUCCGGGCCCAUCUAAACAACGGAGCAAAUUAUCUUUGGCGCUCAAUGCUGAAUCAAUCAUUGUUGCCUGGGCCGGGGAACAUGCUGGCAGUGUCACCUGCGAACUUGCAAGAUUCACUUGAACAAAGCGCUUGUAUGCUGGACCAGCACGUUGUGGUCAUUUUCAUGUCAUGUCUCACAACUGCACUGACGCUGCUUUCAGCCCCCGAAGACGCGACGUUGACAGAUAUCGUUUGGUUUAGCCUGCAGUUCUUGCUGCAGCUGAAAACUCCCUUGGAUGGCUACGCGCUUCGCCUCAAGCGCAUCGGUGCCAUCGCCGCAGAGCUUGCCAGGGCCCAUAAAGCAGAAUAUGAGCCGGUCAUCUUUGAAGCGGGAGCUACCAGUGUCAUCCCAGAGAUGCGAUAUUUUGGCUGCUUGCUUGACUUAAGCCCAAUCGAGUUACACUCGGCAUGUACGGUGAACGAUGUGGAAUGUUCUCGGAGGAGCUAUCCAUCUUUGGGUGCUUGGGGGGAUGUUGAGAUGAGGUUUGAUUUCAGGGAGGUCUCGCUCACCAGCCAGGUGCAGAGGUCGAGGUUGGCAGUAUCUUUCAGCUUCCAGGAGGAGGAUAUCUGGGCCUUCUGGACGCUUCAGGUUCGUGGCACUCGAACUUGCUAUUAUAUGUCACGCAGUUUAAGGGAGUUUGCAGAUGACAACAGUGAGGACGUUGACUCUUCUGAUCCACCAACCUUAGAUGGCCAAUGGCGGCAAUGGCCGCUGGGGCACUACUGUCACGUGGAGAGUUCCAAGUUGUAUGAAAGUGGUAGCUGUUCGGCAUGGCUUGUCUUGAAUGCGGAGUCCAGCGAACUGCUAAGAGGCGGUGCCGUCCGCAUGAACGGCUCCCUUUGGGUGCGCGCGGGGCCUGCGGGAUACCUACGAGGUCGAUGUGAAGACCGGCUCAUAUACACGACGAUAGAAUGGUUUGGCGAAAGGUCCGGCGCCAUCGUCUUGUUCUGCCAGCUCAAGCCAAAGCAAAUUUCAUUCGCGGGCAAAUGGACCACGGACAACAGUGGAGGUUUCGGAACCUUCCAGCUGAGUACGCCGCUUCUGUUGUGGAAGGCCGACCGAGGUACACGUAGAGUUGACCUUGAACAGCUGCAGUUUUCUGGCGGGGAAAAGCCCGCCCACUUUGUGCAUUGCAACGUGUGCCUGAGAGGAUGCAGAGACUGUUUCUUAAGCCCAUUCGUCAAGAAGAUCACCACCAGCUGGCGGCAAGUCUUCACAGGCGAGUCCGUCGGAUGCAUGGAGAAUGUAGUGACCAUGGCAGAUCCAGCAGAUCAAGUGCGCCGAGGGGAGAGCGAUCUCCUGGAGUACGAAGAGAUCGGUGCAGCCGGCGCAGCUAUCCCAUUGGACCGAAUCUUCCCCAGUGAGAAAGUGCAGAUAACUGAUGCCAAACUCACCAUACAUGCUUCCACGAGAAGCUUCGGGGAGAAGAAGUGGGCGGACAUGUGCCGCAACCCCGGGUACGCUGCUGCUGCCCAGGAUGCAGGGUACUAUGAUGACGAGGUGCACUUGUUGGCGCCCAGCCAGAUUUGUGAGAUGAUGUGGCCAAAACCCACGCUAAGCAAAACAAGCCUUGAAGACGACGUGACGAAUACGGAGGACGUUGAUGUGUGCAACACCACUGCCUGCUGUAUCUGUCGCUGUCUGCACAGUGAGUCCGCCGACUGUCCACACAAGCCUGAUGAUCUCUCGAUGACUGCAAUGGUUUUGACAGAGUUGCCCGACGGUGCCGUGACAGCAGGUGGAGCCGCCCAUGCGACACCUCCUCUUCCUUCUUGUGAGAGGCCAGCUUCCGCGCCUUGGGGUGCAGAGGCUUUACUGGGCCCGCGGCCGAAGCAUGAUUAUAUUCGUCGUGCCGACACAGGGAAUGCCAUGCCACCGGCACCCUGGGAGGUCGACAUUUUGCCGGCGGGUUCGUCGAAGGCCGAGCCUGCUGCUGAGGGCAUCGGAUCUGAUGGCUCCGAUGCGGCAUUUUCAGGUCUUGUACCAACCUCUCUUGGAAAGCCUUCUGCAAAGCAGAAGGCGGAGUCGGCCAAGAACUCAUCCGGCCCGAAAGCGAAGGCAGAGGGUCGGUUGAGAUGA